AUGGCUUCAGGCGUACCUCGACCGGGCCCUGCGAACCUGGGGCCCAAUGCGGGCCUUGAUGAGUGGCUAGAGGAGGCCAAACAAUGUCAUUACUUGCCUGAGCGCGCUAUGAAGGAGCUGUGCGAGAAGGUCAAGGAGAUUUUGAUGGAAGAAUCCAACAUUCAGCCAGUCUGCACCCCCGUCACUGUGUGCGGCGACAUCCAUGGCCAGUUUUACGACCUUCUAGAGCUCUUCCGGGUAUCUGGCGGUAUGCCAGGCGAGUCCAACGUGCAGGCGCCGAAGACAUCUACCACCGUCAUCACCUCGGACGAUAUCGAGCCACCAACAGAGAUCACAAAUCCCAAGUUGAGGAAGAAGAUAAAGUCUUCGGGCGAGAAUGCAACAUCCAGCGGCGCGGAGGAGACCGAGGCAGUCGAGGCAGAGGAGGAUCCUGAUUCCACAAUGGCAGACCAAACCGAGUCUGGCGUCACAGUGAACAAGUCAAGUCAAAGUGCCGAUACUCGAUACAUUUUCCUGGGAGAUUUCGUGGAUCGAGGUUACUUCAGUCUGGAGACAUUCACAUUACUAAUGUGCCUGAAGGCGAAAUACCCUGACAGAAUAGUGCUCGUUCGUGGUAACCACGAGUCUCGACAAAUUACCCAGGUGUAUGGAUUCUACGAGGAGUGUCAGCAAAAGUAUGGCAACGCCUCUGUCUGGAAGGCCUGCUGUCAUGUGUUCGAUUUCCUCGUCCUUGCCGCCAUCAUCGACGGUGAGAUUCUCUGUGUCCACGGUGGUUUGAGUCCUGAGAUUAGGACGAUUGAUCAAAUCCGAGUUGUUGCCCGUGCGCAAGAGAUCCCCCACGAGGGUGCGUUCUGUGACUUGGUGUGGUCAGAUCCAGAAGAUGUCGAGACGUGGGCUAUCAGCCCUCGUGGCGCUGGAUGGCUAUUCGGAGACAAAGUCGCAACCGAAUUCAAUCAUGUCAACGGUUUGAAAUUGAUUGCUCGAGCCCAUCAGCUCGUUAACGAGGGUUACAAGUAUCAUUUCCCAGAGAACUCGGUAGUGACAGUCUGGUCGGCGCCCAACUACUGCUACCGCUGUGGUAAUGUUGCUUCUAUCAUGGCUGUGGAUAAGGACUUGAAUCCCAGGUUUAGCAUUUUCUCUGCUGUUCCUGACGAUCAGAGACAUGUCCCAGCAAACAGAAGGGGGCCUGGUGAUUACUUCCUGUGA